AUGUCGACGACAACAACAGCAACAGCAACAACGACGGCGACGGCGAUGGCGACGCUGCGGGCGCUGGACAAGCAGAUCGCUGACCUCAUGCAGCAGAAAGCCAAAGUGCAGUUGAGUCUCGAGCGGGCCGUGACACGUGGCGCGCGUCCUGUCCCAAUGAGCGCCGAAGUGGUGGCCAGCAAUCCCUACAGUCGCUUGAUGGCGCUCAAGCGGAUGGGGAUCGUCUCGAACUACGAAGCCAUUCGGCAUUUGUCGAUUCUGAUCGUAGGGUUAGGGGGCAUUGGCUCCGUGGCUGCCGAGAUGCUGACGCGGUGUGGCAUUGGCAAGUUGAUCCUCUACGACUACGACACGGUCGAGCUCGCGAACAUGAACCGGCUCUUUUUCCGACCCGAGCAAGCUGGUUUGACCAAGACUGCGGCGGCCAAGCAGACGCUGCAUAGUAUCAACCCUGACGUGGUUUUUGAAGAGUAUACGAUGGAUAUUACAACGACGACGAACUUUGACCAGCUGUUGGAUCGGAUGAGACAUGGCGGUUUGGAUGGUUGUGGCAAGGUUGACUUGGUCCUGAGCUGUGUUGACAAUUACGCAGCUCGCACGGCACUAAAUCAAGCGUGCAAUGAGCUGAACCACGAGUGGAUGGAGUCGGGCGUGUCCGAGGACGCCGUGUCGGGACAUAUUCAGUUUUUGCUGCCGGGACGCACAGCGUGUUUUGAGUGUUUGCCGCCACUUAUUGUGGCUAGUGGCAUUGACGAGUCGACGCUCAAGCGGGAAGGCGUUUGUGCCGCGUCGUUGCCGACAACCAUGGGACUAGUGGCUGCUAUGCUUGUGCAGAAUGCACUAAAGUACCUCCUCGGGUUUGGACAAGUGUCGUAUUACUUGGGCUAUAGCGCACUGACAGACUUUUUUCCGUCUGAUGUGAUGCGUCCGAAUCCGGAGUGCUCGAACGCACAGUGUCGCAAGCAGCAAGCGGUCGCUGAGCAUAUUGGCUGGACUCCGACGGUCUGGAAUGCGCGCGGUCAUGAUGGCCAAGAGGACGUUGUUGUCGAGCACGACGACAACGAGUGGGGAAUUGAGCUCAGCGGGGACGACGAUGCCACUACUUUCGAGAGCACGGAGACUCCAGCUAGAGCGACAGCACAGCUGGCACCAGGUCUUUCGUUUGCGUAUGAUCAGUCCGCUGGCUCACCUGCUGCUGCUGAAGACCAGACAGAUUCAGAUGCGAACGAGGACGUUAGCUUAGAAGACCUUAUGGGACAACUGAAGUCGCUUUAG